AUGGCGUCAGCAUCUGUGGAGCGUCCUGCGGACUUGGCUGUGAGGAGGAGGGAAGAUGGGAUCCAUUGGGGAGCUGAAUCUUUUGCCUCAGAAGAUACAGAUGCAGACGUCAGGGAAACGCCCCAUUGUUGCCCACUUGGAAAAUACCGUCGGAGCCUGCAGACCCUCAAACCCUUCCGCUGUUCCGCAACUGAGUCCCACCCUCUGGAUAAUGCAGGUUUAUUAUCCUUUGCAACAUUUUUCUGGAUGAUUCCCAAAAUGUGGGCCAUGUUCAGAAAUGAGCUGGAUACGUCCGACCUAAAAAUGUCUGCUUUCGAUGUAGCCGACAUCAGUGCAAAAAGGCUUCAGAGGCUGUGGAAUGAAGAAGUGGCAAGGAGCGGUUUGGAGAAUGCCUCGUUGAUCCGUGUGACUCUUCGCUUUCAAAGAACUAGGCUGAUCCUGUCCAUCACUGUCUCCAUCAUUGCCAUGGUGAUGGCCUUUUUGGGGCCGGCUGUUGUCUAUCGGCUCUUGGACUACGUUAAUGAUCCAGGACAGUCCAGCGGUGUUGGUUUGUGCUUCGCUCUGCUCACCACAGAGCUCCUCAGAGCCUACAUGCUAUCCUUGCAGUGGGCGUUAAACUUGAGUACUGCUGUCAGACUGAAAGGUGCCUUGUGUUCGGUCGGCUUCCAGAAAGUCAUAUCUCUGCGAGUACUUGGUGACAUUUCAAAUGGAGAGAUUCUUAAUGUUUUGACCAGCGUUGGACACAGAAUUUUUGAGGCAGUUGUGUUUGGGAGCUUUGUGCUGUCCACCCCUGUGCUCUUCGUUAUGUGCAUUUUCUAUGCCUGGUACAUUCUGGGCUACACUGCACUGAUUGGAAUCCUCAUCUACGUCAUCCUUAUCCCCAUUGAAUAUAUCUUCACAAAUCUCACAAACAAAUUCAAGUCAGAAGCCAUGGUAAUAAAAGACAGACGUGUUCAUACAAUGGCUGAGAUUCUCAACAGCAUUAAGCUGAUCAAGAUGUACACCUGGGAAGAUUCUUUUGAGAAGAAGAUUGCAGGUUUAAGAAAAUGUGAAAAGAAACUAAUACAGAAGAUCAUUAUAAUCCAGAGUAUGAACAACAUCUUGGCCAUCAGUGUCUCCACUCUUGCUGCUGUUUUCACCUUUCUAGUCCACACUUCUUUGGGGUUACCCCUGAACACAUCUGCUGCUUUUACCACUGUCGCCAUCUUCAACUCCAUGAGGUUCACCUUUGCUGUCCUGCCCGGUUCUGUGAAGGCCCUCGCUGAGGCUAUGGUGGCACUAAAACGAUUUAGGAAAAUCUUACUGAUCCAGAAUCCUGAGCCCUACCUGAUGCAGAGAGCAGACAGUGACUCGGCUAUAGUGAUGAGUAAUGCUACACUUUCAUGGCCCAAACCUCACAGCCAGUCAGGCUGCCCUCCCAGAACAGCCAGUGGCUCGACAGAAUCCUUACCGACGCUGAGAAACGUCUCCUUCACGCUGCCCAAGGGAAAACUGCUCGGUGUCUGUGGGAAUGUGGGAAGUGGAAAGACUUCACUGAUUUCCAGCAUUUUGGAGCAGAUGCAGCUUCUUCAGGGCUCCAUCACAGCUGAUGGGACAUUUGCCUACGUUUCCCAGCAGGCCUGGAUUUUUCAUGGAACUAUUCAAGAAAAUAUUCUUAUGGGGGAACCUUUUGAUCAAACCAAAUACGACAGAGUUGUUGAUGUCUGUAGCCUCAGAGCUGACCUAAACAUCCUGCAAUAUGGGGACCAAACUGAGAUUGGAGAGCGGGGGCUGAAUCUGUCAGGGGGGCAGAAGCAGAGGAUCAGCCUGGCCAGAGCGGGCUACUCCAACAGGGACAUCUUCCUCCUUGAUGACCCGCUAUCUGCUGUUGACUCCCAUGUGGGGAAGCACAUUUUUGAAGAAUGUAUAAAGAAGGCGCUCCGGGGCAAAUCCAUCCUGCUGGUUACACACCAGCUCCAGUAUUUGGAGUUCUGCGAUGAGAUUCUGGUUCUGGAGAAUGGGACCGUACAGGAGGCUGGAAACCACAGGAAUCUGAUGAGAGCCAAUGGACGCUACUCCCAGCUCAUCAGUACCCACCAGAUGGAAGAGUCCAAAGCUCGGAAAAAGGAAGAUGAGGAGGGGGAAGAGAAGGUGCCACUUUCAUCACAAAUUACUGGCCAGUUGGAAGAGAUUGAGCUCAGGCAUUGUGCAGACACCGACACUGAGAACCCUGCUACGGUCCAGGCUGGUAAUCAUCUGGUCAGUCAGGAGCUCUCUACACAAGGUGCCGUCUCCUGGAGAACCUACCUCACGUACUGCCGGGCAGCUGGAGGCUACAUUGUUUCCUUCCUCACACUCCUGAAUGUGUUCCUGUUGCUGGGAUCCAUCUCCUUCAGCAAUUGGUGGUUCAGCAUCUGGAUGGAGAAAGGUGAUGGGACAUCCAGUAACACAACCUCAGUCCAGGGUGACAUCUCUCAAAAUCCACACCUGCACUUCUACCAGAUGAUUUAUGGUGUGAUGGUGAUUGUCAUGGUUGUACUUGCUAUUAUGAAAUGCUUCAUCUACACUUGUUCCACCAUGAGGGCCUCCUGCACAUUCCACGACACCAUGUUCAAGAAGGUUGUUGAUAGUCCAAUGAGUUUCUUUGACACAACGCCAACUGGCCGACUUCUAAAUCGUUUCUCUAAAGAUCAAGAAGAAGUGGAAACUGUGCUUCCCCUCUUCAUGGAUUCUUUCUUGCAGUGUUCUGUGCACGUCACAUGUGCAAUUGUUAUCAUCUCAGCUGUUUUCCCCACCAUGCUUUCAGUUGUGGUUAUUAUGGGAGCUUUAUUUGCCGUCAUUGUCUUUGUAUUACGGAGGAGUAUACGUUAUAUGAAGAAACUGGAAAAUGCCAGUCGAACUCCCUGCUUCUCUCUAACCACCUCUACCUUGCAGGGCCUCAGCACCAUCCAUGCCUACAAUAUAAGAGACGGCCACAUUAAACAGUUCAAUAGCUUGAAUGAUGUCAACUCCAAAUACUACUUCCUGUUUAUCUCGGGCACGCGUGUGCUCAGUUUCUGGCUGGAUUUCAUGGCUGCUAUUGUGAACUUGUCGGUGGCUCUGUUUGUAGUGCUCAGCAGCAAUGACAUAAUCAGUCCAACCUUUAAAGCCCUCGCCAUAUCCUAUGCCUUGCAGUUGACAGGCAUCCUUCAAUAUGCUGUCAGUCAGUCGACAGAAGUGGAGGCAAGAUUCAACUCAGUAGAGCGACUCCAGGAAUACAUCACGGAUUGUAAGCCUGAGGCUCCCAGGCACAUUACGGAGGCACAGAUCCCAGAGGGCUGGCCUAGCAGUGGGGCCAUCACCUUCAGUGACUAUAAGAUGAGGUACAGAGAGAAUACACCUAUUGUCCUGAACGGGCUUGAUUUCCACAUCCAAGCUGGAGAGAAGCUGGGCAUUGUGGGAAGGACAGGCUCUGGAAAAUCCUCUUUAGGAGUUGCUCUGUUUAGACUAGUGGAGCCUGUAUCAGGAACCAUACUGAUAGAUGGAGUGGACAUUAUGUCCAUUGGCCUGCAAGACCUGCGCAGCAAAUUGUCCGUGAUCCCUCAGGACCCUGUGCUGUUCAUUGGUACAGUCAGGUACAACUUGGACCCCUUCAGUAAAUACACUGAUGAGGACAUCUGGCGCGUGCUGGAGAAAAGCUACAUGAAGGAUUCAAUCUCAAACCUGGAAGGGAAGCUGGAAGCACAAGUUUUGGAGAAUGGAGAGAACUUCUCUGUAGGCCAGAGGCAGCUGAUCUGUAUGGCUAGAGCUCUACUCCGUAACUCCAAGAUCAUUCUGCUGGAUGAAGCCACAGCCUCCAUAGAUACGGAGACAGACGCUCUGAUCCAAAACGCCAUCAGAGAAGCCUUCUGUAACAGCACCGUGCUCACCAUAGCUCAUCGGAUCAACACCGUGAUGCAAGCAGAUCGUAUUCUGGUUAUGGACAAUGGACGGGUGGCAGAGUUGGACGAUCCAAACGUACUGAAGCAAAAUCCGUUCUCUCUGUUCUCGUCUCUCCUGACUGCUGCAAACACCGUGAAGCUGUGAACCAAAGUAAACCUGUGA